UUUACGGUCUACACUCAUCUCCAUUUUUAUCUGAAAUGAAAAGCCCUAUUUUGAAAUACAGAGCUGCGCGACGAUAGAAGCUGCGAGAAUGUUGCUCCCGACGAGAAACCGUUACUUCUUGAAUUCGGCCGUACGCGACGUUCUCCCUCCACAAAUUAGGACGACGUCAUUUCGGAUUAGGUGCUCCAAACAGAAAAAAUACACCGCCAGCAAAAUCCUCUCCGUCGCGGGCUCUAAUGCCGCAACUGCCGUGGUUGUCCGCGCCAUCGCCAACGACCUCCUCCCGCCGGAGCUCCACGACAACAUUUUCUCCGGCAUCUGCCGCCUCCUCUCCGCCUUCUCCAACCAGCUCACCACGGUCAUCGACGAGUUCGACGGCCUUGACCCCAACGACAUCUACCAGGUUGCCGAGGCCUACUUCGGCCAGGCAGAGUUUCGGGAAAUUAGAAGGAUUAAUUUCAAUUUUGUAAAUAUGGAAAGGAGGGAUUAUCAGAAGAAGGGACAUUUACGGAUUUUGGAACAAGAGAAGAGGUUAUUGGAAGAGAUACCCGACAUGGAAAUGGAGGACACAACUAAGAGGCUAAGGCAAGCUUUUUCCAAGGCGAACUACAAAAAACGCAAACUUAUGGGUGCCGUGGAUCUUGUUCGACUAAAUCUCAAUCGUCUAUAAGCCACAAUCCAGCAUUGAUGGACACAUGAUAAAGUUGUAGUUGAUGAUGAUGGAGAAAAAGAAGACGACGAGGAGCUUUUUAGAUAUUUUCUGGCAGAUUGCUUUUGUAUUUAAUCAGUCUAGUGUUCGGUUAGUACUUAGUUGGUUUGCUAUUAGCUUGCAACCAUUUGUUCUUUUCUAGUUAUGUAAGUAGGAAAAUCAGUGGAUUUCUCUUUAGUUCUGCUGUGCUGGUUUAGAAAACAGAGAAGAAAUAUCAUGGUUGGUUGUGAAAGGAAAAAAAAAUUUUCUUGCAUUUG